GGAAAAAGUAUUUAAGUAAAUAUACUAAAAUAUGACACAAGAAAAGCACUAAUUUUUGGUUGGUUUUUUUUUAUGUUAUUAUUAACAAAAAUAAAAAAUAAAUACACUGUGGGCCCGGAGAAAAAUGCCUUGCUGGUACUAUGACAAAAAGGAGCUACGCGAGACACCUUCGAUACUGGAUGGCGUUACAUAUGAUACAGAGCGGCGCUAUCGCAAAGAGGGCGCACGCUUCAUCAUGGAAUGCGGCACCAAAAUGGGCCUCGGCCACAAUACAAUGGCCACCGGUGUCGUCUACUUCCAUCGCUUCUACAUGUUUCACUCAUUCAAGAGCUUUCCACGCUACGUUACCGCCUGCUGUUGUUUGUUUCUCGCCGGCAAGGUGGAGGAGACGCCAAAAAAGUGUCGCGAUAUCAUUAAAACAGCCCGUGGCAUACUCAACGACAACUACUUCUACUCGUUCGGCGAUGAUCCCAAGGAGGAGGUAAUGACACUGGAGCGCAUAUUGCUGCAGACAAUCAAAUUUGAUCUGCAAGUGGAGCAUCCUUAUACCUUUCUGCUCAAGUAUGCCAAAUGCUUCAAAGGCGAUCAACCAAAACUGCAGAAAAUGGUGCAAAUGGCAUGGAAUUUCGUCAAUGAUUCGCUCAGCACCGUCGUCUGUCUGCAAUGGGAGCCAGAGAUCAUAGCCGUCGCUCUCAUCCAUUUGGCCAGCAAGCUGAGCAAAUUCACGGUGCUCGAUUGGCUAGGUAGACAGCCGCAGCAUCAACGCUGGUGGGAUAUGUUUGUAUCGAACGUGACAAUGGAGAUUCUCGAGGAUAUUUGUCAUCAGGUGUUGGAUCUGUAUCAGUCUACGCAAAAGGAAGGCCAGGAGCCCAAUAGCCCGCCACAAAAGCCGCCCAGUCGUGCCGACAGCCCAACAACAACAACAGCAACAGUAACAACAAAUGCGAUUUGCCCACAGCCUGCAGCACAGCCCAGUGGCAACGGCGGUCUGAUUGGCGAGCUCAACAAUAUACAAUCCAUCAAAUCGCUGGCCAAUGCGAUGCCCAUUGCCGUCGUCUCGAUACCGCCACCCAGCGAUGGCCUGCCGUUGCCCACGCCGAAUGCAGGCGGUGGCGGCGGCGUUGCACCACUGCCACCACCCAGCAAUCUGAACAGCAAUGCUGCCAAUUAUCAUUUGUACCACGCACCACCGCCGCCGCCGCCACCUGUGGUGCCAAUGCCGCCAUAUGCGGCCAAUGCCUGGACACAGCAGCCGCCACCGCCAACACACUACAGCACAGCGGCGCCACCACCACCUAUGCCGCCCAAUAUGGGACCAGGACCGCCCAGUGGCGGUCCACCUGGCUACUACAACGCCGGACGCCAGCAGCAACAGCAGCAGCAGCAACAGCAGCAACAACGCUAUCAAUAAAUUAUGUCAACUUUUUGUAGAAAAACAUUUGUUAGAAAAGGAAAGAGCACAUGGAUAUAUAAUAUUAAUAAAG